GGCUCAGUAUUGAGGGAAAUAAAGCGGUCAGCUGUGUCAACAGAGCAGAGUAAAAUUUCCAGAGUCAGUUUUCCAGAUAAAAGACAUUUCCAGAAUAAACCUCUGGCGGGAAAACCACCGUGGCAGUAACACGGUAGGAUUUUCGGGGCUUAAAACGUAAGAAACACGUUUUGCUGUCCGAGACGUUUAAAGAGUAUUUUGCCUGCCAUCUCAGUAACUGAAGACUGUGCUUGCUCUUAUAACAGAAACAGGACAGACGACAGAUAACAUGUCCGACUUUAUUAUCUUAUCCCUGAUCGGCGUUUUGGUCCUAUGUCUGCUCUUGACCCUAGUCGGUUUCGUGUUUUACUCUGGACUUCUCUCCGAGGUCGUUAUUCGGACAGGAUCUCCUCCGGUGAAAAAGAUCACAGUUGCAUACAAAUUCAAGAAAGGCUCCUACAAGGAGAGCGGAGCUGCCUUCACUGAGAGCUGCAGCAUUGCUCCAAAGCUCUGCUCCAUCGGGGUGUAUUACGAUGACCCCAACCAGACUGAGGCUGAUUGUUGUCGGUACGCAGUGGGGAGUAUCCUGAGCGAGGAUGAGGAGAAGCCUGAUGAAGAGCUGCAGCGUCUGUAUGAGAAGUUUGGGUUUAGGGUCAUCUCCUUCCCUGAGGUCUCUUGUGCUGUGACUUCCUCUUUCCCUAACAGAUGCCCGCUGUCCCCUAUCUGUGGGGCAUACAGAGUCUUCCCUGAACUGAACGCCUACAUAACGGAAAGAAGACUGUCUGCAUAUCCCUUCCUGGAGAUCUUUAAAGGAGAUUUGAUCCACUACAUGUGCCCACUGGAGAACCAGGAGAGCUUUGUCGUACCUGAACUUCUGGAGAAGCAAACUGAGGACGAGGACAAACCAAAAGAGGGGAAGGAAGAUGAAGACGACAAAGGCGAUGAAGUCACAGAGACAGGUGAGAGCUGUCGGACAGAGAGCAGUGCAGUGAUCCAGGAGGCAGGUGUUUCAGGUGCUGAGAGCAGAGAGGUCGUGGCAGAGCUACCAGUGGAGCAACAGAGUCCAGAGCAGGAUGAGGGAGAUGGACAGAAUGAAGAAGCUGACCAGGGGGCCAAGAGCUCCGGCGAGUCUGUAGGCAGUGGCUCCUCAUUUGAAGAACUGGACAUGGACAUGGAGGAAGCAGAGAAGGAGAGAAAAGACGGAGAGGAGGAUCACGUGAAGGACAAUGAGGAAAAAGCAUGAUGAAGGAGGGAGAAAGAAGGGAUAGAAUAUGUAAGAGAUGACUUGUGUGUAUGGAAAUGUGUGUUUGAAGUAGAUAACGGAAACUAUUUUGUUCCUUAAAGGUGCAAUAAGUGAUAUUUUUUCAGUUUAUUUUCAUUCAUAAAUAUAAUGUGCUUUUCAGUAAUGGUCACCUAAACAAGUAGAGCAGUCUUAAAAUGUGUAAUCAGUAGGUAAUAAAUGUCAGCCAUAGUUUCAAUACUUUUUCUUCAAAAUAGCCAGGCAGCGGCAGUCUUGGUCUGCACAUAGAUGAUUGUGUUUUUGAUUACAUCUCUAAUGGGCUUUUAUAUUUAAAAUAUCAAAUGAUCAAAUCUCACUAUUUUAAUGUAACACAUAAUAUAACUGCCUCACUACUGACACUAGAAAGUUGUUAUAUAUAGUGUAUAUACAGUAAUCAAUAUUAAGAAACCAUGAUUGUUAACCAUCUUUAGAAAAGAAAGGCAUUCACUAAACUUCUACUCAAAUAUAUGAUGUUGUGUAGCUACCGCCCACACAUUGGUGUUAAUCUUUCAUUAAGUUUUAUUGAAACAUUCUAUUUAUUGUAUCUUUAUUGCAUCAUGAAAGCUGGAAAUAAUUUUGAAAAAAAGAACCGUUUUUUCAUGACAAAUAGCCCCUUUGAGGUUCUUGGGAUUGACAAAAUAAAACACAAUGCAUUUAGAGCUUUGUAUUCUAUUUACAUACAGUGUAAUCGCCUAUGCUGCUUUCUCUGAGUUUCUGAAGUAGAAAAGUAACAAAAAAAAAGAAAAGAAAAAAGAGGAAAAUUGAUCUCUUAGCAGUCAUCCAUAAAAUACUAUUUUAUUAUGGAGGCAAAGGAAGGUAAAGGUUGCUAAAAACUUUGUUUUAAUUAUAGGUCUUUAUAAAACACUCAUUUUUCUGCAUGUGACAGAUGUGCUUGUUGUUGACAUCUUUAAAGACGUAAAUGAACAAAAGAAUUACAGUAACAGUGUAAUCUCUUGCUUUUAUGCUUUGUUUCUUUAUUUUUUGUAAUCAGUUAUGUUGUAUGUGCCACAAACAAGAGGGACGAUGUAUCUAAUGACAUUCAAGGCUUGCUGAUGUACCGUAUACAUGUGUAGGUUUGCUCUUAGCUCGGAACUGUAAAUGGUUGAAAUCUCAAUUUAACAUGGUAGUUAUUUCAUUAUUUUGAUACUGAUAAUUAUUUUUUCAAUCUCUUGUAACACUCUGACUGGGGGUCAGUAUCUUUAAUGUAACUUUAAGGUAUGAAUCUAUAAAGCUUGUGCAAAGAAAACA